AAGUGUGAGCAUUACACCUGUGUUAAGAGUGGUGAGACUUUAGCAACGAUCAGUUCACACACUGUCUGCCCACCAUUCCAACAGAGCAACUGUCAACCUAACACGAUUCAGACUGCCGCAAAUGGCUGCUGUAAAGUUUGUGUGGAGAAGGAAAAGGGCUGCAAGUUAAUGUCCAUGAAAACCCGCCUUGCACACAAGGACUGUCAGUCCAACCAGGAAGUAGAUAUGCCAUAUUGUGAAGGAUCCUGCAACACUUUCACCAAGUACUCUCAAGUAGCAGCGACUAUGCAGCAUUCAUGCUCCUGCUGUAAGGAGACUCGCUCCAGCAAUCGCACCGUUGACUUGCUCUGCUUGAAUGGACAUACGAUUCCCUACACAUACAUGCAUGUGGAGGCCUGUGGCUGUGGACACACAGACUGCACCAGAGCUGCAGGACUGUCUGCUCGCAGGAAGAGAAGCUUGACACUGCUGUGAUAAGGCACCUGUUGUCACUUUAACAGAUGUGGGAUACAAAUAUUUUUUCCCAUAUUGUUCUAAUAAUCACUACACCUCUUGCAAAGCAAUUGUCAUUGUAAAGAGACUAUUUAUCCACUGAUCAAAUAAAAGGAUGCAACUCAGUUUA